UUGGAUGGCAGAGCACAAAGUUAAUUUUCGCCAGAUAUUUUGGGAGCUAACGAAUUUCGAAGCGAAACCGGACAGGAUCUCGUUCGGACGGAAAUACGGUGAUUUCCCGAGGAUGUCUGCUCGACACUUGCCUCCGGCCUUACCAGACGGUAGUUUACAAACCGUUAACUACGUAAUCGACGUCGAUGGCUAUCGCGCUGACGUAGGCUACGACCGGGAGGAAAAACCUAUCGUGGCGAACGUCGAGGACGUGCCAGUGGAAAAAGAUGUGUACACCAGGAUAGCCGUCCAAUCAGCUAACUUGGCGCAGAUCCAGUCGCAGAUCGGAAACGCACGCUCCAAGGUGGACGCCACCGGAUCGGGAAUAGGGAGUAGACGGAUAAUCAAGUUGACGGUUCUGGAUUAG